CUUUUUUCACGAACUUCAUCAUUCACUUUCUCUGCCUUCUCCUCCUCAGUGUCUUGUCCUCUCUCAUACUUAGCCAUCACAGGAUUAUGCACCAAGGAAAUUACAGUUCUCUUCACAAUUUCAUUCUACUUGGCUUCUCUGAUCAUCCCAAUUUGGAAAAGAUUCUGUCAGGAGUUGUCACCAUCUUCUACUUAAUUACAUUACUGGGUAACACAGCCAUCAUUCUUGCAUCUCUCCUGGAGUCCCAGCUCCACACACCAAUGUAUUUUUUCCUCAGGAAUUUAUCUUUUCUGGAUUUGUGUUUCACAACCAGCAUUGUUCCUCAGAUGCUGGUUAACCUGUGGGGCCCUAAUAAGACCAUCAGCUUUGUGGGCUGUGUCAUUCAACUCUAUGUCUACAUGUGGUUGGGCUCCAUUGAGUGCCUGCUCCUGGCUGUCAUGUCCUAUGAUCGUUUCAUAGCUAUUUGCAAACCCUUGCACUACCUUGUCAUCAUGAACCCACAUCUCUGUAUCAAGAUGAUCAUCAUGGUUUGGAGCAUUAGUCUGGCCAACUCCAUAGUAUUAUGUACACUCACCCUGAAUUUGCCUCGAUGUGGAAACAACCUUCUGGAUCAUUUCCUGUGUGAGUUACCAGCUAUGGUCAAGUUAGCCUGUGUCGACACGACAGCAGUUGAAAUGUCUGUUUUUGCUUUAGGUAUUGUCAUUGUCCUUACACCCUUGAUCCUUAUCCUCGUAUCCUAUGGCUAUAUUGCCAAGACUGUGCUGAGGAUGAAGUCCAAAGCAGGCCAGCGAAAAGCAAUGAACACCUGUGGAUCUCAUCUCACUGUAGUGUCCAUCUUCUAUGGAACUAUUAUUUACAUGUAUUUGCAACCAGGGAACAGUGCCUCCAAAGACCAGGGCAAGUUCCUCACCCUCUUUUACACCAUCAUCACUCCAAGUCUCAACCCCCUCAUUUACACAUUAAGGAAUAAAGACAUGAAGGGUGCCCUGAAGAAGCUGAUGAGAGUCCACCAUGACUCUACAAAAAGAGAGACAUGAAGGCAUAG